CUAAUUACUACAACAACGUUUUCAUAGACAUACACAGAGAGAGAGAUAGAGAGAGAGAGAGAGAGAGAGGGAGAGAGAUAUGGAGACCAUUGUUCUAGGUUUUGUCAUCGCCAUCGUCAUGGCACUUCUGUAUGUUUUCUGCAGAUUAAUAUUUUCCUUCUGGGUUUUUCCAGUUCUUGCGUCCAGGAAGCUCAAGAGAAAUGGGUUGAACGGUCCAUCUCCAAGUUUUCCCUUCGGAAAUCUGAGUGAGAUGAAAAAGAAGAUCAUCAAUGUUCAAAGUUCAAAUAUCUCCCAUGACAUACACUCAACUCUUUUUCCUUUUUUUACUCGCUGGCAAAACUCUUUCGGAAAGAUGUUCGUUUAUUGGUUGGGGACGGAGCCAUUUUUGUACAUAGCAGAUCCAGAGCUACUGAAAAAACUGUCUACGGAGGUGACAGCAAAGAACUGGGGGAAGCCUGCGGUGUUCCGACGCGAUAGAUCCCCGAUGUUUGGUAAUGGCCUACUCAUGUCCGAAGGCGAUGACUGGGUCCGUCACCGCCAUGUUAUCACUCCUGCUUUUAACCCAACAAACUUGAAGGCAAUGGCGAGCGUAAUGGUGGAGACCACCAACAAAAUGCUAGACAACUGGGUGACUCUCAUAGAUUCCGGAACUCAAGAAAUCGACGUCGAGAGAGAAAUCAUAACAACCGCCGGAGAAAUCAUCGCCAAGACCAGCUUUGGCAUCAGCGACCAAAGUGGCCGCCCAGUGUUUGAAAAACUAAGAGCCUUGCAAAUGACACUCUUCAAAACGGUUCGUUUUGUGGGAGUUCCUUUCGGAAAAAUGUUGCACCCUAAGAAAACCCUAGAGGCCAGAAAACUUGGGCAAGAAAUUAACCAAUUGUUCUUGUCACUCAUUGACGAAAGGCGAAAAUCCAUCAGAGGGUCGACGCCGCAGCACGACCUGCUUGGCUUGUUGCUUAAACAGAGUGAACAAGGAGGCUUCACAAAGUCCUUAACCACACAAGAACUAGUGGAUGAGUGCAAGACAUUUUUCUUUGGAGGUCAUGAGACAACUGCAUUGGCAAUCACAUGGACAAUGUUGCUUCUGGCCACCCACCAGGAUUGGCAACAUCAGUUGAGAGAGGAGAUUAGGGAAGUGUUCGGAGAUAAAGGAAUUGAUGUGAACAUGCUUUCUGGACUAAAGAAGAUGGGAUGGGUGAUGAAUGAAGUUUUCCGACUUUACCCUUCGGCACCAAAUGCACAAAGGCAAGCCAAAGCCGACAUUCAAGUGAGCAAUGACUUGUCCAUUCCUAGGGGAACCAAUAUGUGGAUUGACAUCGUCGGCAUGCACCACGACCCGGCCCUUUGGGGCGAGGACGUCAACGAGUUCAAGCCGGAGAGGUUCAAGGACGACAUCCACGGUGGGUGCAAGCACAAGAUGGGGUACUUGCCUUUUGGGUUUGGAGGGAGAAUGUGCAUUGGUAGAAACUUGACGUUCUUGGAGUAUAAGAUAGUUCUAACCCUAAUUCUAACUAGGUUUUCUUUUAACAUCUCUCCCACUUAUCGCCACUCCCCUUCUAUUGUGCUCUCUCUGAGGCCUUCCGAUGGCCUGCCGCUAGUACUUCAGCCCCUCUAAGCACUUGGGCCCUACGAUCUUAUCACGUGUUCAUCAGUCAUUUCUUAAGAGUUUCUCCUUUUGCCUUAGAGUCAUUCAAUUAAUUUUUUAUUCAUUAAUAAAUCCUUUCAAGUGGCAUCUCAUUGUAAGCCAUAUUGAAUA